CCUUUUAAGCUUUUUUUAAUGAAAAAUCUAACUUAUAUCUUUCUUCUUUACCAUCUUAUUUGAAAGUCAUCCAACAAAAUGCUCAAGAUUUACUUCCUACUUUUCAUCCCUUUAAAUACCACCACCUUAGAAUACAGAGGGACUGAUCUAACCAAGUGAGCCUAGCUUCCUUGCAAUCUACUAGUUAUCUCUUUAAACAAAACACAAACCUCAUUAAUCAUUCAACAUGCAAACCUCACUUCUACACCAGCUAAUUGUUGGAACUCCAAUCAUAUAUGACCAGUUUCAAAAGUCGGAUAACAGAUACUUGCUUGAUUCUGCCUCUCAUCAAUCUCAAUAUCCAUCCAAACAUCAAACCAAAUGUAAAGUAAGUUCUAACCAGAAAAAGCGCAGCAGGAAGACCGAUAGUAAUUCUGAAAAUACAGCGAGACUUGGGACAAACAUAUCUGAAACUAUAAAGAGAAAGUUAAGCUUAGGGGCUCGAAUUCUUCAACUGGGUGGAGUGGAGAAAGUGUUCAUGAAGUAUUUUAGUGUGAUCGAGGGGGAGAGGCUGUUGAAAGUUUGCCAUUGUUAUCUGUCGACCACAUCUGGCCCUCUAGCUGGUCUCCUCUUCAUAUCCACUGAAAAGGUUGCCUUUUGCAGUGAGAGAUCAAUAAAAGUGUUUAAUCAGAAAGGUCAAAUGUGUAGGAUCCACUAUAAGGUUUCCAUUCCAGUGAAGAAGAUAAAGAGUGUGUGGCAAAGUGAAAAUGUUGAGAAGCCAAGACAGAAGUACAUAAAUAUAGUUACAGUUGACAAUUUUGAUUUCUGGCUUAUGGGUGUGUCAAAAUAUCACAAGACUUAUAAAUAUCUCGAACAGGCAACUUCUCAAGCAAUGAAAUGGCAGCUGUAAUUGAAGAUAUGAUUUUAAAAGAGGGGCUUAGAGUGAGCAUUUAUAACAGAUGCACAUGGUUCAUUGAUAUUAGCUCAGAUGCAAACUUGGGUUUCAAUACAUCGUUGAUAAAGUUGUUGAUGCAAGAGAUCAUUUGGCGCGUUAUUUGUAACAAACACCAAAAAGUGAUAGUUAGAUAUGUAAAUAGAAAGAAUGAAGAAAACUGUUAGAAGUUUAAGCUCCAGACUCAAUUACUUGACGAAUUAUUUACGUGCAAGUUCUCAGGAACUUUCGAAAUUC